AUGUAUAAAGAUCAGAGAAGAAAUUACAAAAAGAAGAAGGAUAGUGUUAAAACAGUUGACGGAAAUGGUGGGAAAAUUAGAAAAACCGAGGGAAAUAUUGUCCCUAAAAGAAUCACGAUCCCUCCAGAUUUUUUUAAACAUGAAUCAGCUUUAAUUUCAUCUCCUAAACGCUCAAGAACAGAUUUCCCAAUAGAGAAUCUCCAUGGUCUCUUUGAUAAGUGUGUAAACAUAAGAAGAUCCAAAAGAGUGUACAAUAAAAAUCACAGGCAAAAUAUUGGAAUUAAUUAUAGUCCAACAAGUGAAAACAGCCAGAAUGGUUUAAAAAAAUUUGAUAAUCCAAAGUCACUCAGGAAUGAAAGAAGCCUAAUAUUUAAUACUCAAGUCAACUUAACCACUUACAGGGAAAAGGAUUUAAAAGAAUUUCAAACUUCUAAUAGUGAUAAAAAACACGAACGUAGUAAGCAAAAGCAAUCAAUAAAAAAAUCGAAAAGUAUAUUCGAACAAAUAAAUAAAUUAUACGCAAGGUCUAGUCAAGAUUAUAAUUUUGAUAAUACUGUGAGAGAAGAAUCUUCUAACCAAAAUUUUUGUGUUACACUAGCGAAGCAAAUAAGUCUUCGGAUUGAAUUGGACCGUAAAACAAUAGGUGUUUGUAAAUCAAGAAUAUUGACAGAAAUUAAAAAAAUUGACAGCAUACUUUCAGGUAAAAUAAAAAUGAACAAUACUCCUGCUGAAUCCAAAUGUACAUAUUAUUAUCCACAAGAAAAUACCUGUGAUAUAAACUUUUCCUUAUAUAAUAAAUCAGAAUGGGUGUUUGAAACACCCCCCAGACAAAGAAUUCCUGCUAUGUCGAUUGAAGAAUCUGAAUUACAACCAGCAGUUUUGUGCACUACAAAAAAGGAAAAACAGCUUUUUGAAUGGAAGAAAAAAUUGCAAGUAAAAACUACGGAUUUUAAUGGUAAGGAAAAUAUUCCUAUCAACAACUAUAUGGAUAAUGUAGCUACUACAUUCAAUUACGAUGGAAAUAUGCAGUCACCUAACUUCAGUAAAGCAUUUGCCAGCGCUUGUAAUUCUAAUUCAAACCAACCAGUCAGAAAUACGGACCAUUUUAUUAAACCGGCGACAUUGAAUAAGGGCCAUCCAUUAAUGACUGUCUUAACAAGACCUCAGAAAAGCACCAUUAAGAAAGCAAUAACGUUUUCUCGAGUUAAGCGAAAAUUCGAUACAGCUAUGGAAACUAAUAAUGAUGAGAAUUCUUUAGAAAACGGCAAUCAGCGCACAAGUGCAUUAGGAGCAAAUCUGUUUGGACGAGUAGAUAAGGAAGAUUUUAAAUUUCGCCCAAUGGAUACUGUUGUAAACGAAUAUCACAACUUUCCUUUCUCAGCCGCAUCUAGCUUAAAUAAUUUGUUGACACAGAAUUUUGAUUUUUUACCAAAAAAUAAUUCGUUUAAAAUGGAGAGCAUGGAUAUGGACGAAAAUGAAAACAGCUUCACUUUUGACAGUUUACAAGUAAAAUCAUCUGAUUUUCAUUUUUAG